AUGACAAAUGAUUAUCAUUAUAUUAAAUUAAAACAAAAUAAAAAUAUUUCACAAUUAUUAUUCUCAUCAAAAUUUAAACUUUUAAUUGAUCAUGAUGAUUAUAAUAAACAAAUUUUAUUUUCAUCAAUAUCAAACUAUGGAACAAUAAUAAAUACAACAAAUGUAUCAAUAAAAAAUUGUUAUUCAGAAAAAGAAUUUAUUAAACGUAAUAUACGACAAUAUGAUCGAUUAGAAUCAACAUCAUCAAUAAUAAUUACAUUUAAUUCAUCAUCAUUUAUUGAUUAUCAUCAUAAAGAUAAACUUAAUUAUCCAUUACGUUUAUCAGUACGUUUUCGUACAUUAGGUAGAAUAUCAAAUGGUGUUUUACUUUCUUUAACAUAUAAAACUAUAACAUCAAUAAUACCAUUUAUUAUAAUUGAACAUACAAAUGGAAAAAUAGAAAUCACUAUACUUGAAUUAGAUCAAAGAAAUGCAUUAUCAAAUGUUACUACUGUUCAAUGUGGUAAAAAUAUCAACAAUGAUAAUUGGCAUAAAUUACAAUUUGAAAUUGAUCUAAAUGGAAUAUUUAAAAUUAUUAUUGAUGAUGAUAUACGAACAUCACAAAUUCCUACUUAUGUUAUAACAAAUUGGAAUUUAAAUGCAUUAUUAGUUGGUGAUACACGUCGUUUAACAACAGAUAUAUUUCAACCAUUUAUUGGUUAUAUGAGUGAUCUUAUAUUUAAUAAUGAAUAUUUAUUUACAAGUUUAACAACACGAAAACAACGAAUUCAAUCAUCAUUUCAUUAUUCUAGUCAACAUAUUAUUGUUGGUUAUCGUAUAGCAUUUUUUAAUUUAAUUACUAUUGAAACACAAACAUCACUUAUAGUUUUUUCUGAACGUGAAAAUCAAAAUAAAAAUCAUGGAAAACUUGAUAUUUAUUUUUUAUUUCGUUCAUAUGUACCUGAUGGUAUUAUUUUAUAUCGUUAUGCACAAGGUUUAAAUGAAUAUUUUGCUAUUGGUUUACGAGCUGGAAUUUUAACAUUAUUUAUGGAUUUUGGUUUUGGUAAACGACAAAUUGUUAGUGAUGAAUCAAAAAAAUUAACUGAUGGAAAAUGGCAUGAAGUACGAAUAACAAAAAUUGGUACUGAUAAAAUUGAAUUAGCUGUUGAUAAUCGUGUAAAUCGUUCAACAUUAUCAGCAAAUGGUAUUCGAAAUGCUGUUUCACUUCAACCUGUACUUUAUAUUGGUGGAAUACCAAAUAAUAUUCAAAUUAAUUUAACAGAUUCUGGUCUUAAUUCUUAUGGAUUUCAAGGUUGUUUAUCAAGUUUUAUAGUUGAUGGUCGUUUACUUGAUUAUCAAACAGCAUUAGCAUUACAUGGAAAAAUUACAAUGAAUGUUUGUUCAGAGAUGAAAAAAACUUUAGUAGAUUCUUCAGAUAUAACAUCAAAUGAAAAUAAUGAUUUAAAUAAACUUUGUUAUGAUUUUACAUGUAUUCAUUCCGGUAUAUGUAUAACAAAUAAUGAUGAUGAUGAUGAUGGACCAAAAUGUAAUUGUAUUGAAACAGCUUAUAUAGGUGAACGUUGUGAUAAAUUACCUAAUGGUUUUUAUUUUGGUAAACAUAAUUUAAUUGGUUCACUUGAAUAUACUAUGACACAAGCACGUCAAACUGAACAUGAUACAAUUACAUUGGGUCUUCAAACAACUUCUAUAUCAGCUCAAAUAUUUCGUAUUGAAUCUGAUUUAAAUUUAUAUAGUCUUGAAUAUGAAAUAGUACGAGGACGAUCAUAUAUAAAAUUAAAUUUAGGUGAAAAACAAUCAGAUAUUUAUUCAGCUAUAACUCAUAUAACAGAUGGAAUUUAUCAUGCUAUUAAAAUAGUGAGAAAAUUUUCAUUUAUUGAAUUAUAUGUUGAUGGUAUUAGAAUUAAAUUAGAAGGUGGAAAUAAAUAUGCACAUAAUUUAGAAUCAAAACCAUUUCUUGCACAACGACGUUUAAGAAUAGGAAAUUUUAAAAAUGUUUCACAAUGGAAUGGAAUUCUUGCUGGUUUAACAUUUAAUCGUCAAUCAAUAUUUGAUAGUCUUAGUUCUACACUUAUUCGAUUAGGUGAUGUUGAAGAAGUCUAUCCUGAUCAAUAUACUGGUCAAUUUAAUUUAACUUCAAUAUAUUUUAUAUCUUCAACAGAUACAUCAAUUCUUUCAACAAAUAUAUUCACUACUUCUAUAAUAAAUAUAAAUAUUGAAAGUUCAAGUAUACCAAUACUUGGUCAUUUAUAUCAUAAUGAACCAAUAACAAAAAUAAAUAUUAUUUCAUCUAAACCAAUUCAACAUCGUGGUUUAGUUUUUUCAUGGUUAUCUAAACAAAUAAAAUAUAAUCCUAUACGUAGUCUUAUUAUUGGUUUAAUAAGUGCUAGUUGUUUUAUAUUAUUUUUAUUAUUUAUUAUAAUACGUUUACAUUGUACAAAUCAUUCAAUAAAAAGAAAUAAACAUUCAUAUAAACAUACACAAACAAAUGGUAAAAUAUAUUCACAAUUACAACAACAACAAACAAAACGUUAUUCACUUGUACCAAGUGAUAAUCAUGAAUCAAAAAAACGUGUACCUAAAUUUCUUCGACAUUUACAUACAAAUGAAAAUAAACCAUCAACAUCAUUUCGUUUAUCAGCAAAUGGUGGUGAUAGUUAUCAUCUUAUAUCAUCUAUACAAGAUAAUAAAAUAUUACCAUAUCGUAAUUCAGAUUGUGUUUUAAGUGAACAUUGUUGUAUACAUUCAAGUUUAUCACAACCAAUGUCACCAUCAUCAUCAUCAUCUUUAUAUCAUCAAAUAAAUCGUUUAAUGUUAUCUGGUAGUGAACCACCAUUACCAUUAGCAAAUAUUGCACAAUCACAUUCUCAUCAAAUUUCAACAGCAACAUUACGUUCAUUAAAAAAAGAAAUUGAUAAUUCAAGUACACAAACAUAUUCAGCUGUUUAUUCAUGUGAUAUUGUAGCAAAUUUAGAUAUUGAUCAAGAUAUUGUACAAAAACGUUCAUCAAUAAAAAGAAGAUCAAUUUUAAAAAAUACUCAUGCAUCAAUAAUUCAAACUAAAAUUUUAUUUCUUUAUGUUAAAAAUCUUGUUGAUUGUUAUGCAUUACAACCGAAUAAUAAAACAAAUAAAGAACCGAUUGUUUUAGCUACAGCUGAUGAGAAUCGAAUUCAAUUAUUUCAUGCUCUUACAGGAAGUUUUCAUUCUCGAUUACCUGUAUCAUCAGUUGGUUCUUGUCAUAAUUUAUUAUUUUCUUAUAAUGGUCAAUAUCUUAUAGGAUUAUUCUAUGAAAUAACACCAAAUUUAAAUCCUUAUGCUGUUAAAAUUUGGUCAACAAAUGAUAAUACAUUACGUUCAAAUUUACAUCCAAUUAAAUGUUCAAUAGCAUCAACAUCUCAACAUUCAUCUAUACUUUAUAUGGCUGGUAAACAAAAAUAUGGUCGAGGUAUAUCACUUGGUUUACUUGAUCUAGAUACAUGUAGUCUUAUACGUGAACUUAAAUCAGAUCCUGAUACAUCGAUUGGUGAUGAAAUUCGACGAAUUAUUUUAACAAAAAAUGAAACAUAUGCAAUUAUUGCAUGUAUAGAAUAUUCAAGUACAUAUACAUGUUUUGUAAUUUUUAAAUUAGAAAUAAUAACAAAUCAAAAUAAUGAACAAUCAUCAUUAAAAAUAAAUUCAUUAAGUAAUUGUACAAUGAUUUUAACAAGAUUUGAUUCCGAUCCAAAUAAUACAUUUUCAAUAAAUGAUAUAACUAAUACUAAUAAUAUUGAUCAAUAUAUGUUAACUGUAUUACGUAAAAAUGAAAUUCUUGUUUGGAAAUUAAAUGAUGGAGAAAUUGUAUUUAAUUAUGAUUUUCAUCAUUUAAAUUCUAAUAAUAAUAUACAACAAAUACUUAAUUGUCAAAUAAAUGAUAAUCGUUUAAUGAUACUUGUUGAACAAGGUUCAAUACAUAUAUGGGAUAUAAUAUUAAUGACAGGUCAAUUUUCAUUAAUUACAACUAUAUCCGAUCCAUUAAUUCAUUCAAUUAAUUGGCUUGAUCAACAACAUUUUCUUUCAAUUGAUAAUGAUAAUCAACGUAUUCGUAUAUGGAAUAUACAACGAAAAGAAAUUCUCAAUGAAUUAAUAUCAUCUCAAAGUAAACUUGAAUAUUUACAUGUAUAUUUAUUAACAAAAAAUGAUUUAAAUAAAAAACAAGAAUAUUUAAUUAUUGGUAAAUCAAAAACUGAACGUGAUUUAUUUAUAUUUGAAUAUACACAACCAUAUGAUGAUCAAACUGAUUCAUCGAAUAUUUCUGUUUGUUAA